AUCAUGUGCAAAGAAAUUGUUUGAAAUGAUUAAUUAAUCACGUAUUUUAUAGUAAAACUUUAGCCGGUCGGCCAUCCUAACAUUUUUCAUGUAAAAUUUCUUCCCCAGGAAUAAGAUCAUCCAAGUUUGCAACUGCAAAGACACAAAUUCAAGAUGAAGUUUAGGAAACCAACCAACCUCAUAAUUUGUACCUUCUUCUUCCUGGUUUCUUUGAGUAUGAAUAUUUCCUUUGCCAUGCGGGUGAAGUCGCAGAACACAACAAUCCCAGUGAAUGUUGGUGUGGUUUUUGUUCAGCUGAUUAAUCAGCUGAUGCGGGUGAAGUCGCAGAACACAACAAUCCCAGAUGCAGCUGAUGCAGCUGUGGACCUGAUCAAGAAUCUACAAGAAACUGCAGGGUCGAAGUCUUCGAUGCAAGCCAACGUUGUAUUUGAUGAUCUUGGAGUUGGAGAAUCUUCGUCAAUUCUGGAAUUCGAGAUGGUAAAUGUAACGAAUGGUGAUGCAGCAAUAGCAAUUGGAUUCUGGACACCACGAUGUGGACUUGCGAAAGGAUUGAAUUUAACUCCAAAUCGAACAAUGAUUUCGUCGGUCAAGUUUUUCUUGGGACAGGAUUACGAUGCUUUAGCCGCAGCCAUGACAAUUAGAGCAAACAGUUCUUUGUAUGUGGAUUUCACAAUGCCAUACACGGAAUCAGGUGUGGCGAUGGUGGUGCGAACGAAAGAUUACACGAGCAAAAAUGCAUGGGUUUUCUUGAAGCCUCUUUCAUGGGAUCUCUGGUCGAUUUGUCUUUGCUUUUUCAUCUGGACUGGUUUCGCGGUUAGUGUUCUUGAACACCGCAUUAAUGAAGAGUUUCGUGGUCCUCCCUCCGAUCAAGUUGGCACAAGAUUUUCAGGCCCCAUACUCAUUGCUGGGGUGGCUUCGUCAUUAGCUCUCAUCAUAUCUGCAGCCUCCUUCUUUUACAGGUACGGGUACGUCUUAAUGACAAGAGUCGCCUUCGUGUGGAGAAGAAUUCGGGACAUGUUUGGAACGAAGAAUUCGGGUCUUGAUGCCAUCGAGUGUUUGCCUGCAGCACCUGCUAGCCAAGCCCCUCAAGCCAUUCAAAUCACGCAGAUCUAGCCUCACCAUUCCUUGGAAAACAAGGCAUUUGAAAUAUAAGUUAGAAUUUAUAGUGGAAGAGGAUGUAUUGGUGAGAGUGGUAUGUGUAUCUAGUGAGAGAAAUGUUAAUUUUGAUUUAGGAAACUCGUAAGUGUACUUUAUUGUGGUAGAUUUAGUUAUGAAAACUUUGCUUUGUAUGUGGGGUUGAUUUUUUAUUCUCCCGCCGUAUUACUUGGUAUGUCUACUCAACGAGAUUUGACUUUAUGUCCCUCUCUUUUUAUUUUAAUAAGAUUAUGGGGAUGAUCGGUGAACAAUAUCACCCAUCCUCUAAAAAAUAUUUAAGUCAA